AUGGACUCGAGGGAGCGGCGUUACAGCCGUGAAGACGACAGCUCAGACGCCGGUCGUCGUGAUCGGAAAUUCGGCGGCAGCUCUCGCGACUCUGACAGAAGGCGUGAGGGCAGACAUGACAGAAGUCCGACAGACAGGGAGAGAUCCCAUCGCCACAGAGACCCCGAUAGGGAGGAAGAAGGUCGCAGUCGGCGGAAAGGCUACAUUCGAAGGGACAGGGACAGGUCCGCGGAUGAAGCAUCAGAUGGAGUACGAGAGUCAAAGCGAGACAGGAGACGCCGUUCUCGAUCGCGCUCACGAGAUCGCCGAGAGCGCCGUCGGUCUAGAUCACCACCAGCAAAGAAGCGAAGAUCAAGAUCACGCUCGCCUAUGAAAAGAUCUAAGGGACCUCUUCCAUCGCAAGACGAGUCUUUCCGUGGCGAAGUCGCACCAGGCGAAGCUCCACCACCAGAAAAGCAAAAGCCCAACUUCAAGCCUACUGGUCUGCUUGCCAAAGAAGCCAACACUGUGGCAGGUACCAACACAGUGCUAAAGUACCACGAACCGCCUGAAGCCCGGAAGCCACCGACCAAAGAAGCUUGGCGAAUGUACGUCUUCAAAGGGAAAGACUUGGUCGACACAAUCUACUUGCACCAGAAGAGUGCAUGGCUUAUUGGUCGUGACGAGAAAGUAACAGACUUGCAUCUGGAGCACCCCACCAUUUCGAAGCAGCAUGCCGUUAUACAAUUCAGGCACAGGACGACUACGAAUGAGUACGGCGACAAGUCGAACAAGGUCAAGCCGUAUUUGAUCGACUUGGACAGCACGAAGGGGACGACGCUGAAUGGGAAGAAGCUCGAGGGCAGCCGGUACAUGGAGCUUUUAGAUCAGGAUGUGGUCACUUUUGGUGGCAGCGAAAGGGAGUAUGUGAUGAUGCUUCCUUCGGCUGAGAAGUGA